UCGUGAAAGGGAUGACGGGAGCUGCAUGAAAGCGGAAGAGUUACGGACUGUUAGCACCUGUCACUAACCCCCGGUUUCCCGGAGUCAGUGGCAGCGAGCGACCUUGCAGCCCCGACAGGAGCCCGGAGCCCUUUGUUCUCACCGCGGCCCACGUCGCUUGCGAGCCCGUCGUCCUGGCUCCGGUGACCUCGCUGGGUCGCGGGGAGGCGGAGGACUGUUCUUCUGUUACCAAAAGCCAGAGUCGGCCCUGGACGCGACGACUCUCAGGGUCCGGAGGCCAUAACACCGGCCGCGGCUGAAAGGUAAAGAAGCUACGUGGAAGAGUGUUUCCUCUUCAGGCCGCAAGGCAGGUACUCUCUGCAGCACCAGGUAGGAGGGGACUCCACCCCCUUCUUGCCUUUCCAGUUACAUGAGUUCUUACUAGGGAUUCCACACACACCCAGUUCACAUUUGUUGUGAUUUUGUGGUGGUGACCAGAAAAGGGUUGGCUAAGAAACUGAGCUGUGGAAAAGAGGCAAAUGUUCGCUGUAGCCACAUAUACCAGUGGGUGUGGCCAGGCCCCGUGGGGGACAUUCAGCCUCCAUCAGAAGUAAUCCAGAACCAAGGAACCUGGUGAUAUUUUGUCACCCAUCAGCAGAAUAAUGAGGCUCAGAGCCACAAGUGUGUGAGGAAAAUGGCACCAUGGAUGGGUUGGUGGAGUGUACACGGCUGCCCUGCCCUACUCCAGACCUCCCCAAAGACUCCAUGAGAUGGAUCUGAGUCAGCCGAGUCCCAACCCCUCUUCUAGGGCCUGCCGUGGCACUGGACAUCAGUGACUGCGUUGUGACACACGGAAGCAGUGGACCAUCAAGGCCACGGGAGGCCCCGGGAGCUUGCGAAGAUGAAGUUUGGCUGCCUCUCCUUCCGGCAACCUUAUGCUGGCUUUGUCUUGAAUGGAGUCAAGACUGUGGAGACGCGCUGGCGCCCCCUGCUUAGCAGCUACCGGAACUGUACCAUCGCCAUCCACAUUGCUCACAGGGACUGGGAAGGUGAUGCCUGGCGGGAGCUGCUGGUGGAGAGGCUCGGAAUGACGCCUGCUCAGAUUCAGGCAUUGCUCCGAGAAGGGGAAACGUUUGGUCGAGGAGUCAUAGCGGGACUCGUUGACAUUGGGGAAACUUUGCAGUGUCCCGAAGACCUAACUCCUGAUGAGGUUGUGGGACUAGAAAAUCAAGCGCUACUGACCGGCCUGAAGCAGAAGUACCUGACUGUGAUUUCAAACCCCAGGUGGCUACUGGAGCCCAUACCUAGGAAAGGAGGCAAGGAGGUAUUCCAGGUAGACAUCCCAGAGCACCUGAUCCCUUUGGGGCAUGAGGUGUGACAAGUGUGGGCUCCUGAGAGGAGUGUUGCAGGGAACCCAGCUAAAUCAUGAUUUCAGUUCACCGUCAGUUGAAACCAGCUCCAGCUAAAUCAUUUAGCUGCUUUCAAUUCACCAUCAUGUUGCAGACCUACAUACAUUAGGCUAGAUCUGAAUUUCCCCUGCUUUGGAGAGCCCCAGCCACUAAGCACUGUGCAUGGAAACAGGUUUCUUUGCUCAGAGGAAGGAAGUAGGGGGUGAGGCUUUCCUUGUGUGAUGCCUCUUUAGGCACACAGGCAGUGUCUCAAGUACUUUGUCCUUUGGGUAGAAGGAAAAGCUGCCAGUAAAUGUCUCGGCAUGGCUACAGUUUUGGUCCUGCUAAUUCCUGGAUUAUACAAAUAAAUGUGUUGUAGAUGACUGGU